CUCUCUCUCUCUCUUCUCUUUCUCUCUCUCUCUCUCUCUCUCUUCACAAACCUCCAAAGAACAUACUAUAUAUAUAAAAAAGAUGAUUAUUUUGAUGCUGGGGUCAGCUCUAUUAUCUUCCUCCUCUUCUUAUUUUCUUCUUCUUCUUCUUCAACAUUAGUACUUCAUUCACAUUCCUGAUUUCAUUGGAAGGGUCAAAAGGGUCAUUUUAUAGAUCCAAGGCUGAGGAGCUCCGUUUGCCAUGACCAUGGAGCUCUAUUGCAGAGCAGCAACACUUGUUUUCUUCACCCUUUUAAGUUUCAGUUAUGCCUCUUCUUCUUCUAUGUACUCGGAAUUGAAUCCUAUAAAACCUAGGCACUCACGCCUUCUCAGGAGCGCUGUGCAGCGUGAAACUCCGACAUCACAGCUUUCUGAAAUAUGGACACCUCUGGAAAACCAAGGUUGGAAACCUUGCGACGAAUCUAGAAACAAACCAACAUUACCAGAGAAGUCUGAAGGAUACAUCCAAGUAUUUCUUGAUGGUGGUCUGAACCAGCAAAGGAUGGGGAUAUGUGAUGCAGUUGCUGUUGCAAAGAUACUGAAUGCAACUCUUGUGAUUCCAUACCUUGAAUUAAAUCCUGUGUGGCGGGAUUCAAGCUCAUUCAUGGAUAUAUUUGAUGUGGAUCAUUUCAUUGAUGUAUUGAAGGAUGAUAUUUCUAUAGUUAAGGAGCUUCCCGAAGAGUACUCGUGGAGCACAAGGGAGUACUAUGCUUUGGCUAUUCGAGAUACCAGAAUCAAGGCUGCACCUGUACAUGCGUCAGCCAACUGGUAUCUGGAAAAUGUCUUGCCUGUUCUUCAGAGUUAUGGUAUUGCUGCGAUCUCUCCAUUUUCUCACCGCCUGACUUUUGACAACGUGCCUAUGGAUAUCCAACACUUGCGCUGUAAAGUCAACUUUCAAGCUUUAGUCUUUGUUCCACAUAUCAGAACACUUGGAGAUGCCCUUAUCAGCCGCCUCCGCAAUCCCCAACCCUCUAAUGAAGAAAUGAGCUCCAACUACCUUCAAGAGGUCACAAGUUCAGAUGAUAAUAAAAAUGCAGGGAAGUUCGUUGUUCUGCACCUCCGAUUUGAUAAGGAUAUGGCAGCUCAUUCCGCCUGUGAUUUUGGUGGUGGAAAAGCCGAAAAGUUGGCCCUUGCAAAGUAUCGACAGGUAAUUUGGCAAGGAAGGGUCCUUAAUUCACAAUUCACUGAUGAAGAGUUGAGGAGUCAGGGUCGUUGCCCAAUGACUCCCGAGGAGGUUGGAUUGUUGCUAGCAGCUAUGGGAUUCGAUAACAGCACCCAUUUAUAUCUCGCCUCUCACAAGGUCUAUGGUGGAGGAGCAAGGAUUUCAACUUUGAGGCAAUUGUUUCCUCUGAUGGAGGACAAAAAGACCCUUGCUUCGUCUUUCGAGCGUGCUCAGAUAAAGGGAAAAGCUUCUCUAUUAGCCGCACUUGACUACUACAUCAGUGUGCAUAGUGACAUCUUCAUUUCUGCUUCCCCAGGAAAUAUGCACAAUGCAUUGGUUGGACACAGGACUUACUUGAAUUUAAAGACUAUAAGGCCAAACAUGGCAUUGAUGGGUCAACUGUUCUUGAAUAAAACCAUGGAGUGGUCAGAGUUUGAGCAUGCAGUGGUUGAAGGUCAUGAAAAUAGACAAGGUCAACUCAGGCUUAGAAAGCCUAAACAAUCCAUAUACACAUAUCCUGCUCCUGAUUGCAUGUGCCAAGCUUAAUAUAUACGCAUUAGAUUGCUUACAGAUUAGUAUCCUGUAUUUUAUAGUUCAGUCAGUGUCUUAUUAUUUGAGAUUUGCAUAUGGUUAAUAAAAGCAUUACCACUAAUCCUAUUCAUGAGGGGUUUGUCCAUGAUGUUCUUGGUAAGAGUGCUUGAUAAUAGUAUAGGUAGUAGUUGUAGUAGUCAUGUGUGAGAGAUGUAUGUAUGAGAUGAGAUGAUGGCAUUCUUAGCAGGAGCAAUAUUAUUUAUAAUUCAAUAACAGGAGCCACAUUGUUGUUUAUCAUUCA